AUGGUGUUAUUUAGGCGCAAUAGGUUAUUAAAUAGGAAAAAUUUAGCUCUUUUACGUUUGAAAAACUGUGACAAAAAUGGAAAUAUAUUUCACGUUAAAUUUAUGUCAAGUGAUCCUACAGAGAUAAACGUGCAAUUGUCUAAUGGGUCAAAAAUGACUCUAUCAACUGGGAAAUAUGCACGAUUUACAAGUGCAAGUGUUACUGCUACGAUAGACAAUACCACAGUUAUGACCACAGUAGUCAGAAAAUCCGUACCAUCUGAUAAUUCGAUAAUUCCAUUGACUGUAAACUAUAGACAAAAAGCUGCUGCAAUAGCCCGUAUACCAACAAAUUUUCUUCGUAGGGAAAUGGGCUAUACAGAUAAUGAAAUUCUUAUUAGCAGGAUAAUAGACAGAUCUGUACGUCCACUGUUUGAUUCAAACUAUUCCUAUGAAACGCAGAUAGUAUGUAAUUUAUUAGCCACUGAUGGAAUUAUUAAUCCAGAUGUGUUAUCCAUUAAUGCUGCAUCUACAGCUUUAAGUAUUUCGGAUAUACCGUGGACUGGACCUGUAGCAGCUGUUAGAAUUGGCUUAAUUGACGAUAAAUAUAUAAUUAAUCCUACAAAGAAUGAACUUCAACAAAGUAGACUAAAUCUUGUUUUGUCAUGUAUAUUCAAAAAAUCAAUUGUUAUGAUAGAAGGAUCAGCUGAUGAUUGUUUGGAGUCAGAACUUCGAAAAGGAAUAAAAGUAGGUGUUAAAGAAUGUGAAUUAAUUUUAAAUGCUAUAACACAAUUACAAAAAUGCGUUGGCAAAUCUAAAUUACAAAUUGUUGAAGAUGAUGAAUCGAUGAAAAAUAUGAAAAAUUUUGUGACAGAUUUUGCAAAGGAUGAGUUAAUUGAAAUUUUCAGUUGCCAUUCUCACGACAAAUUGUCACGAGAUAAUGCUAUUUUUAGCCUUAGAAGUAAAAUAUUAGCAAGUAUAACAAAUACUGACCCAAAUUCUGUUAAAAGUGCUAUAAAAGUUUUUGAUGAACUUUGUAAGAUAACUUUUAGAACUUUAAUAUUUGAAACAAAGAAAAGAUGCGAUGGUCGUAAGCUAGAUGACUUGAGGGAUAUAAACUGUGAUGUUGAUCUGUUUAAACCUCUUCAUGGUUCUGCUCUUUUUCAACGAGGACAAACUCAAGUUUUAUGUACAGUAGCACUUGAUAGUAUAGAAAAUUCUCUUAAAUUAGAUGCCAUCUCAAUGCUGUCUAGUGGGAUAAAAGAAAAACAUUUUUUUCUUCAUUAUGAGUUUCCUCCAUAUGCUGUGAAUGAAACAGGUAUUCUUACUGGUGUUAAUCGUAGAGAAGUUGGUCAUGGGGCAUUAGCAGAGAGAGGACUACGAGCAAUUAUACCUAAAGAUUAUCCAUUUGCUAUAAGAUUGACAAGUGAUGUACUAGAAUCAAAUGGUUCAUCUUCUAUGGCAUCUGUUUGUGGCGGUAGUUUAGCAUUAAUGGAUGCAGGUGUGCCAAUAUUAUCUCCUGUUGCUGGUGUAGCUAUGGGAUUAAUAUCCAGAUAUAACGAUGAAGAGAAGACUGAUAUUGAAUAUGAGAUAUUAACUGAUAUAUUAGGUAUAGAGGAUCACUUGGGCGAUAUGGAUUUCAAAAUUGCAGGUACAAAAAAAGGAUUUACCGCUUUUCAGGCUGAUAUGAAAGUCUCAGGAGUUCCUUUAAAGGUUAUCAUGAAAAUGAUUGAACACGCAAAUAUAGCCAAAUCUAAGAUAAUUAAAAUUAUGAAUCGAACGAUAGCUUGCCCAAGAAUAAGAAGCAAAAGUAAUAGUCCUAUAGUUGAAAAGAUAGAAGUGCCAGUGCAUCAAAGAGGAAAAUUUCUUGGAAUUGGAGGAUCAAAUGUAAAAAAGAUUCUGUAUGAAACUGGAGUAAAUAUUCAUUCGGAAGAUGAUAAAAUGUUUACUAUAUUUGCACCUAAUGAAGUUGCAAUGAAAGCAGCCAAGGAAAUGAUAGACAUAUCUCUGCAAAAAGAUCCAGAACCAGUGUUGACAUUUGGAGAUAUUUAUUCAGCAAAAAUAACUGAAAUACGUGAAACUGGGGUCAUGGUUAUAUUGUAUCCUACUAUGGUACCAACGCUUUUGCCUAAUUCACAAUUAGAUCAACGUAAUAUUCAUCAUCCUAGUGUACUCGGAUUAAAUGUUGGAGAUGAAAUAAAAGUGAAGUAUUUUGGACGCGAUCCAGCAAAUGGACGCAUGAGAUUAUCUCGAAAAGUGUUGCAAAGUAUAAAUUCUGAACAAAAUGUUAACUUUUUUGAUAAAUUGAAGCAAUAAUUGUUUAAAAAUUUUUUUUAUAUCUUUU